AACACAGUGCAGCUCUGCAGAACACCCACCACGGAAGAACGACAGAACAAGAGCGCCGAAGUCUGAAAAUGAGAUAAUGAAAGGAAGAACGGGAGGUUAACAGCAGAAAGAACACAUAGAAGUGCCGGGAGGAACCAGUGAAGAAAACCAAGAUGGAGCUGUGGCGGCAGUGCGCGAUGUGGUUGAUCGACUGCCGAGUUCUUCCAGAGAACCACAGGGUCACUCUGGAGGGUGCACAGGUGUGCGACCUGGCUCAGGCUCUGAGAGAUGGCGUGCUGCUCUGCCAGUUGCUCAACAACCUGCUGCCUCAGGCUGUCAACCUGAGAGAGAUCAACCUACGCCCACAGAUGUCGCAGUUCCUGUGUUUAAAGAAUAUCCGGACAUUCCUGGGAGUUUGUCAAGACAAGUUUCAUCUGAAGAAGAACGAACUAUUUGAAGCCUUUGAUCUGUUUGAUGUUCGGGACUUUGGAAAGGUCAUAGAUACGUUGUCCACCCUGUCUCAUUCGUCCAUUGCUGUCCAAAGAGGAUUUCAGCCUUUUCCUUUAGAGGGAUGCACUCUUGAUGAGGAGAUCUACAGUGGCCUGUCUGACCAGAUAGAUGAUACAGUGGAUGAAGAUGAUGACUUGUACGACUUUGUGGAGGAUGAGGAGAACGAAGGAGAUGAGAUCUAUGAAGACUUGAUGAGGACAGAUGAACCGCCUGAAACUCAGCAGAAAACUGGUGUGGACAAGAGAGAGUGCUGCCUGCAGGAGAUCAGACAGACGGAAGAGAAAUACUCAGAAACACUGCAAUCUAUACUACAGCACUUUAUGAAGCCUCUUCAAAGGUUUCUCCAGCCACACGACAUUGAAAGUAUCUUCAUCAACGUACAGGAUUUGAAUAAGACCCAUUCUGAAUUGCUAGAAGAAGUUCAGAACUCUAUCCUAAAUAAUGGAGCCAGGAAUCUGUUCCAGGUGUUUCUGAACUACAAGGAGAGGCUGUUACUGUACGGUCGUUACUGCAGUCAGGUGGAGGCGGCAACAAAACACCUUGACAAGCUUUCAAAUGCGAGGGAGGAUAUCAGGAUGAAACUGGAGGAGUGUUCAAAGAGAGCGAACAGUGGACGUUUUUCUCUACGAGAUUUACUCAUGGUCCCCAUGCAGAGAGUCCUCAAAUACCACCUGCUAUUACAGGAGCUGGUAAAACACACCACUGACUCAACAGAGAAGGAGAACCUGCGAACAGCUCUAGAUGCCAUGAGAGAUCUGGCGCAGAGUGUUAAUGAGGUGAAACGAGACAAUGAGAUCAUCAAGCAAAUCACCACAUUUCAGCUUUCCAUAGAAAACAUGACUCAGUCUCUAGCUCUCUACGGUCGUCCCAAAAUCGAUGGAGAGCUAAAGAUCUGCAGCUCAGAGAAAAGAUCGAAACAGGACAGGUACGCGUUCCUCUUUGAUAAAGCCGUGUUUAUUUGUAAGAAAAAGAGUGGAGAAACUUUCGAGCUGAAAGAGAUCAUUGAACUACACAGCUACCAGAUACGAGAUGAAACCACAGGAGAGAAGGACAAUAAAAAGUGGUCCUAUUUGUUCCUCUUGCUGGAUUGCUACGGAAGGUCUGGCUAUGAUUUAUUCUUCAAAACCAGAGAACUGAAGAAAAAAUGGCUGGAACAGUUUGAGAUGGCUCUGUCAAAUAUGAGUCCUGAGAACUCCACAGCAAAUAACCAUGACUUCCAGAUGUACUGCUUUGAGGAAACCACCUCCUGCAAAGCUUGCUCAAUGUUGUUAAGGGGAAUAUUUUUUCAGGGCUAUCGCUGCACUCGCUGUAAGAUGGCAGCACAUAAAGAGUGUUUAGGCAGAGUACCCGCCUGUGGACGAAACUCAGAUCAUUCUGUUUCUGCAAAGAAGAAUAAAGCUCAAAGGUCCUCUGGUCAUUCCAGCAUUGGACAUCCUAAGAUGGAGGUAAAUCAGGAGUACUAUGGCAUGCCGCCGCCUCCUGUGGGGUUCGGCCAAGCGCUUCAUCUCUCCAGAGGGGACGUCAUUGAGCUGACGCGCGGAGACGCAGAGCUUCCCUGGUGGGAGGGAAGAAAUCUAACCAGUGGUCUAAUGGGAUGGUUCCCUUACCAAAAGGUUCAGCCCUACCUCACUAGGCCACCCCCAGACCUAUCUGGCUUCAACUGGUUUGCGGGAAACAUGGACCGCACUGCCGCCAAAAACCUAUUAAUGUCCCGCUCUGAUGGUACCUUCCUCGUGCGGCAGAAAGAUGGAGGAGAGUAUGCUAUCAGCAUUAAGUUCAACAUGGACAUCAGACACAUUAAGAUCACCUCUAGUGAAGGCCUCUACCGCAUCAACGAGAAGAAGGCCUUCAAGGAGCUAGUAGAGAUGAUUCAACAUUACCAGCAGACCUCAUUGAAGGAGUACUUUAAGGACCUGGACACCACACUUUGUAUACCUUUCAAACAACCGGAGCAAAGCAACCUGUCUGACAACAUGCCCAAUUUAACACCAGGGGGCAGCAUGAGGAGCUUUGGCGUCGCAAGGGCCAGGUACGACUUCUCGGCCAGGGACCGCUCCGAGCUCUCGCUGCGGGAAGGAGACACCAUCAAGAUCCUUUCCAAGAAGGGUCACAGUGGCUGGUGGAAAGGAGAGGUGUAUGGCCGGGUGGGGUUCUUUCCAGCCAACUAUGUGGAGGAGGAUUACUCUGACUACUGCUGAUGUUCCUAUGGAUGUGAUAUGUAGACUCGUUCUCUAUGUGUAGGGGUCUGUGUGAGGGACUGCAUUAACCAACAUGCAGGAGUGUGGCUGUGUGUAUGAACGAGAAUGCCAGUAGCUACUUGUGAUUAUGUGAUGAGUGUCUAGUGAUGUGAAUAAAAUCUCUGUUCAGCCA